GAAACACGCGGUUUCACUAGUGUGUUUACACCGAUCACUACUAAUCCGGACCGAACCGAUCCGGAUUAAGGGGCCGGAGGCGGGUCCCGGGCACCAGCGGUUCUGACCCCCCCCCGCCCUCCGCGCCGCACCCGAGUGGCCCCCAGCCGAGCGGGCCCCCACCUCCCGGCCCGGCCUGGGCCCUCCUGCGCCUCCCUUGGCCUUUGUCCGGCGCCAGGAGGCCGGUCCCGCGCCCCCCGCGGCCGCCCGGGCCCGGGCCCGCGUCAGGCGCCUGGCUCUGUACGCGAGCCCGGGGAUCUGCGGCCUCCGCGGCCCCCCUCCCCCGCCCGCCCUCUCGUGGAGCCCGGCGCCGGCGGCGGCUGCCCGGGCGGGGGGUUGCGGCGCUCAGGAGAGGCCCCGGCUCCGCCCCGGGCCUGCCCAGGGGGAGAGCAGAGCGGUCCGCGGCCGGGUCGGGUCGGGGCCCCUCCCAGGAGGAGCGUGGAGCGGCGGCGGCGGCAGUAGAAAUGAUGGAAGAAUUGCAUAGCCUGGACCCUCGAAGGCAGGAAUUAUUAGAGGCCAGGUUUACAGGAGUUGGUGUUAGUAAGGGGCCACUCAAUAGUGAGUCUUCCAACCAGAGCUUGUGCAGCGUGGGGUCCUUGAGUGAUAAAGAAGUAGAGACUCCUGAGAAAAAACAGAAUGACCAGCGAAACCGGAAAAGAAAAGCUGAACCAUAUGAAACUAGCCAAGGGAAAGGCACUCCUAGGGGACAUAAAAUUAGUGAUUACUUUGAGUUUGCUGGGGGAAGCGGGCCAGGAACCAGCCCUGGCAGAAGUGUUCCACCAGUUGCACGAUCCUCACCGCAACAUUCCUUAUCCAAUCCCUUACCGCGGCGAGUAGAGCAGCCUCUCUACGGCUUAGAUGGCAGUGCUGCGAAGGAAGUGUCGGAAGAGCAGUCCGCUCUGCCCACCCUGAUGUCAGUGAUGCUGGCAAAGCCUCGGCUUGACACGGAGCAGCUGGCACAGAGGGGAGCUGGCCUCUGCUUCACUUUCGUUUCAGCUCAGCAAAAUAGUCCCUCCUCUACAGGAUCUGGCAACACAGAGCAUUCCGGCAGCUCCCAAAAACAGAUCUCCAUCCAGCACAGACAGACCCAGUCUGACCUCACAAUAGAAAAAAUAUCUGCACUAGAAAACAGUAAGAAUUCUGACUUAGAAAAGAAGGAGGGAAGAAUAGAUGAUUUGUUAAGAGCCAAUUGUGAUUUGAGGCGACAAAUUGACGAACAGCAAAAGAUGCUAGAGAAGUAUAAAGAACGAUUAAAUCGAUGUGUGACGAUGAGCAAGAAACUCCUUAUAGAAAAGUCAAAACAAGAGAAGAUGGCGUGUAGAGAUAAAAGCAUGCAAGACCGCUUGAGAUUGGGACACUUUACCACCGUUCGACAUGGGGCCUCUUUUACUGAACAAUGGACAGAUGGUUACGCUUUCCAGAACCUUAUCAAGCAACAGGAAAGGAUAAAUUCACAAAGGGAAGAGAUAGAAAGACAACGGAAAAUGUUAGCAAAGCGGAAACCUCCUGCCAUGGGACAGGCCCCUCCAGCAACCAACGAGCAGAAACAGAGGAAAAGCAAGACCAACGGAGCUGAAAAUGAAACGUUAACAUUAGCAGAAUACCAUGAACAAGAAGAAAUCUUCAAACUCAGAUUAGGUCAUCUUAAAAAGGAAGAAGCAGAGAUCCAGGCAGAGCUGGAAAGGCUAGAAAGGGUUAGAAAUCUACAUAUCAGGGAACUAAAAAGGAUACAUAAUGAAGAUAAUUCACAAUUUAAAGAUCAUCCAACGCUAAAUGACAGAUACUUGUUGUUACAUCUUUUGGGUAGAGGAGGUUUCAGUGAAGUUUACAAGGCAUUUGAUCUAACAGAACAAAGAUAUGUAGCUGUGAAAAUUCACCAGUUAAAUAAAAACUGGAGAGAUGAGAAAAAGGAGAAUUACCACAAGCAUGCAUGUAGGGAAUACCGGAUUCACAAAGAACUGGAUCAUCCCAGGAUAGUUAAGCUGUAUGAUUACUUUUCACUGGACACUGACUCGUUUUGUACAGUAUUAGAGUACUGUGAGGGCAAUGACCUGGACUUCUACCUGAAACAGCACAAAUUAAUGUCGGAGAAAGAGGCGCGAUCCAUUAUUAUGCAGAUUGUGAAUGCUUUAAAGUACUUAAAUGAAAUAAAACCUCCCAUCAUACACUAUGACCUCAAACCAGGUAAUAUUCUUUUAGUAAAUGGUACAGCAUGUGGAGAGAUAAAAAUCACAGAUUUUGGUCUUUCCAAGAUCAUGGAUGAUGAUAGCUACAAUUCCGUGGACGGCAUGGAGCUAACGUCACAGGGUGCUGGUACUUACUGGUAUUUACCACCAGAGUGUUUUGUGGUUGGGAAAGAGCCACCAAAGAUCUCAAAUAAAGUUGACGUCUGGUCAGUGGGUGUGAUCUUCUACCAGUGUCUUUAUGGAAGGAAGCCUUUUGGCCACAACCAGUCCCAGCAAGAUAUUCUACAAGAAAAUACUAUUCUUAAAGCUACUGAAGUGCAGUUCCCGCCAAAGCCAGUAGUAACACCAGAAGCAAAGGCGUUUAUUCGACGAUGCUUAGCCUAUCGAAAAGAGGACCGCAUCGAUGUCCAGCAGCUGGCCUGUGACCCCUACUUGCUGCCUCACAUCCGAAAGUCGGUCUCCACAAGUAGCCCCGCUGGAGCUGCUAUCGCAUCGACCUCGGGGGCGUCCAAUAACAGUUCUUCGAAUUGAGACCCACUCCUAGGCCGCGAACUGUUCAGCACACACCAAGUGGACAAGUGGCAUUCAGCAGCGGGUUUGGGACAUAGCGAAUCCGAAUGGAUCUCAUGAAACCUGUACCAGGUGCUUUUAUUUUCUUGCUUUUUUCCCAUCCAUAGAGCAUGACAGCAUCGAUUCUCAUUGAGGAGAAACCUUGGGCAGCUCUGGCCAGGCCUUGUAGGAAAAGGCCCUGCCCGAGGUUCCGGCGUCAACGGCCACUGCGUGUGGCUGCUCUGAGUGAGGAAAAAAUUAAAAAGAAAAACUGGUUCCAUGUACUGUGAACUUGAAAACAUGCAGACUCAGGGGGGUCCCUGAUGCAGUGCUUCAGAUGAAGAAUGUGGACUUGAAAAUACAGACUGGGCUAGUCCAGUGUCUAUAUUUAAACUUGUUCUUUUCUUUUAAUAAAGUUUAGGUAACAUCUCCUGAAAAGCUUGUAGCACAAAGGCUCAGCUGGGGAUGGUGUUUGACUUCGGAGGAAAAAAGUUGCUAUUGCCCGUUAAAGGCACUAGAGUUAGUGUUUUAUCCCUAAAUAAUUUCAAUUUUUAAAAACAUGCAGCUUCCCUCCCCCCUUUUUUAUUUUUGAAAGAAUACAUUUGGUCAUAAAGUGAAACCCGUAUUAGCAAGUACGUGGCAACGUUCAUUCCAGUCAGAUGCAGCUUUCUCCUCCGUCUGGUCUCCUGUGUGCAGGCGCUUCCUUCGUCUCAGGAGGGAAAGCGUCGAGUGGGAGGACUGAGGUGUGUGGGGCUUUGCCGUCGGACAAAGAACGAGGUUAGAAGCCCGCAGCUUGGAGUCUCUAGGUUUUCAACUCUUUCUUCACAAUUUGAACACUUGACGGUUGUCCCUUUUAAUUUAUUUGAAGUGCUAUUUUUUUAAAUAAAGGUUCAUCUGUCCAUGCA